GAACUCUCCGCCUCCACCAUCCCACCCUGCCUCCCCACCCCACCCCGUUCCCCACCUCCCAUGGCGGCCCCGGCGCCGGCGCCGGCGGCCACACACUUCCAGCCCCCGUUCCUCCUGCUUCCUUCCCCGCCGCGUCCCCACCCUCCUCUCCGGCUCCGCUUCCUCCUGCCGUCCCCGCCGCCCCUCCGCCUGCGCCGCCGCUUCCCGCUCCUCGCCGCCGCCGCUGUCUCCGCCGGCGGCGGGGGCGGGGAGGAAGCCGCCAGGAAGGCCGACAAGGCCCGGCAACUACAGAAGCGGGUCCUUGUGGGAGUUGCCAUCGGGGUGGGCGCAGGCGGCAUCGUGGUCGCCGGCGGCUGGGUCUUCGCCGCCGCCGUGUCAGCUGCCGUCCUUGCCGGCUCCCGAGAGUACUUCGAGCUCGUCCGCAGCACUGCCGGUGGUGGCGGGACCCCGCCGCCGCGCUACGUGUCCCGCGUGUGCUCCGCCAUCUGCGCUCUCUUGCCCAUCCUGACGCUGUACUAUGGGCGCAUGGAUGUUACUGUGACGUUUUCUGCAUUCAUUAUUGCAAUAUCUUUGCUAUUACAAAGAGGAAAUCCUCGGUUUGCUCAGCUGACUAGUUCAGUUUUCGGAUUAUUUUACUGCGGCUAUCUUCCUUCUUUCUGGGUUAAGCUUCGCUCUGGACUAGCUGCCCCUGCCUUGAAUUCAAGAAUAGCAUACAAUUGGCCAAUUCUUCUUGGUGGGCAAGCUCACUGGACAGUUGGACUUGUAGCAACCUUGAUAGCUAUUAGUAGCAUCAUUGCUGCAGACACAUCAGCUUUCCUUUGUGGAAGGGCAUUUGGUCGUACGCCUUUGACUAACAUAAGCCCUAAGAAGACCUUGGAGGGUGCUUUAGCUGGUCUAGCUGGCUGUGUACUGACCACUGUGCUGCUGUCAACUGUCUUACGCUGGCCAAGAUCACUGUUGAGUGCUACAGCUUAUGGAAUCCUGAUCUUUCUGGGUUCAUUAUUUGGGGAUCUUGUUGAGUCUCUGAUUAAGCGUGAUGCUGGUGUGAAGGACUCUGGAUCACUCAUUCCUGGUCAUGGUGGAAUACUUGACCGAGUUGACAGCUACGUUUUCACAGGGGCACUUUGUUACUCUUUUGUCAGAGUAGCUCUACCCUUGUAUGGGGUCUGAUUACAGCAGUUUCCCGUUCAUUGUCAACAUCUCUUUCUUCUACAUCUACCCUUGUAUGCGGUCUGAUUACAGCAGCUGGCCGUUCGUUGUCAACAUGUUUUUCUUCUACCAUCAGCCGUGUGGUCUUGAAUUUUUAACAUAAUGAUGAGCAUCGCCAAGAUUCCCCAGAUCAAUCUUCAUCACUGGACAACGUGGUCCUGCCCAAGCGAAUUCAGUGGCGUCUGACAGUUAAAGAUUCAACCAGAGAAGGCUGCUAACUCAGUGAGUUUCUUACAUUGGGUUUGAGCUGUUCUUUCCCAGCUCAACCUGUUUGUUGCGAACUUAUCAGUUUGGUUGUACAUAGUUUGUUUUUAUAGAGUAAAAGGGAAAGGCUAAUUUUUUGUCAAAAAGAAGUGUAUAAUUUUUCAUGACAAAAGUUGUUGAAGUGUAUUAAGGUGGCUUUUAUCAGUGGCUCUAACGGACCAAACCAUAUCAGUCGAUGUCUGUUGUUUUCAUGGUUAUCUGCUACGUUUAAAA